AUGGCGGAMGAGGAGAGCUUUUCAUGGGAAACAGAGGAUCAACAAAAAGCAAGAUUACAGUUUGUAGAGACAUGGAAAGAUCAUUUUGAGYCAGAUAGAUUAGCAGGGCUUUCAAUGGUCUGGUUAAAUAUGAAGUUUCUUGGUUGUAGAUACCCAAAAGAGGUGGAACAAUUGGUCACAGAUUUAGAACGAAAAGCUCCGAUUUUUGUUCCAAAACGCUUUAACGAAAUUACUUUUAAAAAGGCACAAAUUAUCGAGAAUUUAGUAAUUUAUGAACCACCGAGUGACGAUACUUCGCGGAACUCUAUAUCUAUAUUAUUUGAAAGCUGUCAGAAGUCUAAAAAGAGUCUUUCAUUUGAGGAGUUGCCGAUGGCCUCAGGAGAGUAUCGAUUUGCGGUAGUGAUCGAAGAUAAACAUAUUGCAAAUGGAGAAGCGAUAAAUAAGAAAGAUGCGAAAAAAGUUGCUGCURACAAUGCAUUAGAGGUACUAAAACCCUGUCAAAGAGUUGUCCAGAAAAGAAAAAUUGAUCAUGAAGCAGCUACAACGGUGUCAAGGAGYGAACUCACUAAAAAAGCUUAUGAAGAAGCCCCGAGCAUACCAGAGAGCAAUGUUGGUAACCAGUUACUAAGGAAAAUGGGUUGGAAGGGUGUAGGUGGUGUUGGUAAAGAAUGUCAGGGUAUAGCGGAACCAAUCCUAGUAUUGGAAGCGGAUGGUAAGAAAGGUCUUGGAACAUUGCAAGCACAGGAUCUUCAUCGUGGCACAAUCAACAAGGUUUUAAUAGAUUUUUUAAAUAGUACUGAUACUGACAUGAAGUUUUCUUCUGAACUUUCAAAAGAGGAUAGAGCAGAAGUGCACAGUCUUUGUAAAAAAUAUGGACUAAAACAUCGUUCACAUGGCUUGGGAGAAGACAGGUAUUUAGUUGUUAGUAAGAAACAGUAGRUGAAGGGGUCGCAUAAGAGAGCACCUACUGUCCAUUUGCACUUGAACGUUUGGCAUCCCAAAGAAUUAUACAUAUUGGUCAAGUAUUUAUGGUAUGUUAUUGCUUUGCAGCCAAUCSAGGGGAUUUGCUGCUUUGCACGUAAAAAUGCUAAAGCAAAAAUUAAAACUUCCAUAUUUUAAAUGUGUUUUUUUACAUGGCUGAGUUAAGGCCCUGGUCUCAGUCCUAUACAUCACUUAGACAUGAUAGGAUGAUGAUGGCAUGGCUGAGGAGGAAUUAUUUGAAGUAGUUUUUGAGGGGGUAUAUUUUAGAACUUUAAGAGCUUUCUGGGAGUCGAAGGGUCUACCACCACAUGGGCCCACUCCAUUGGAGAGGAUGAUUUGGAUAAUAGUUAUCCAAAUUAUCCUCUMCAAUGGAGUAAGCUCUUGUGGUGGUAUACCAUUUGACUCCCAGAAAGCUUCUAAAGUUAUUUUAAAAGAUUACAUGUACUGCUCAAGAGCUGAAGCAAUCUGACCUGGAAUGUUGAAUGUAAUAUGUUCACCAUGGAAGGUCCAAACGAGUAACUAAAAUCUAAAGGUUUUGAAUAUCUAUAUACUGUAAUAAUAAAGUACAGCUGUUGGUUA